AUGAACAGUAAUAACAGCCAAACACCAGCAACUGAUGCAAUGAGCAGUAAUAACAGCCAAACACCAGCAGCUGAUACAAUGAGCAGUAAUAACAACAGCCCAUCAGCAGCAGCUGAUACAAUGAACAGUAAUAACAGCCAAACACCAGCAACUGAUGCAAAGAGCAGUAAUAACAGCCAAACACCAGCAGCUGAUACAAUGAGCAGUAAUAACAACAGGCCAUCACCAGCAGCUGAUACAAUGAACAGUAAUAACAGCCAAACACUAGCAGCUGAUGCAUUGAGCAGUAAUAACAGCAAAACACCAGCAGCUGAUACAAUGAGCAGUAAUAACAAUAGCCAAACACCAGCAGCUGAUACAAUGAACAGUAAUAACAGCCAAACACCAGCAGCUGAUACAAUGAGCAGUAAUAACAGCCAAACCCCAGCAGCUGAUACAAUGAGCAAUAACAGCCCAUCAGCAGCAGCUGAUACAAUGAACAGUAAUAACAGCCAAACACCAGCAACUGAUACAAUGAGCAGGAAUAACAGCCAAACACCAGCAGCUGAUACAGUGAGCAGUAAUAACAGCAGGCCAUCACCAGCAGCUGAUACAAUGAACAGUAAUAACAGCCAAACACCAGCAGCUGAUACAAUGAACAGUAAUAACAGCCAAACACCAGCAGCUGAUACAAUGAGCAGUAAUAACAGCAAAACACCAGCAGCUGAUACAAUGAGCAGUAAUAAUAGCCAAACACCAGCAGCUGAUACAAUGAGCAGUAAUAACAGCCAAACACCAGCAGCUGAUGCAAUCAACAGUAAUAACAGCCCAUCACCAGCAGCUGAUACAAUGAACAGUAAUAAUAGCCAAACACCAGCAGCUGAUGCAAUGAGCAGUAAUAACAGCUAA